UUUAUUCAAGUGUGUAGGCAACCACCAAUGCGGACGAGCAUUGCAUGAGGGCAGACACGUCUCUCUCGUGGUCUGUGUCGUUUUCUUUUAGAAGUUUGUGUUGCUGUCAAAGGUCUAAGCAGCAUCCAACAUGAAGUUCAACAAAUUGGUGACCGCAUCGCGGAGCAAAAACCGAAAACGGCACUUUUCGGCACCGUCCCACGUAAAGAGGAAGCUCAUGUCUGCUCCGUUGUCUAAAGAACUUAGGCAAAAGUACAAUGUUAGAUCCAUGCCUAUAAGGAAAGAUGAUGAAGUUCAGGUGGUUAGAGGUCACUACAAAGGCCAGCAAGUGGGCAAAGUAGUUCAAGUGUAUAGAAAAAAGUUUGUAAUCUAUAUUGAGAGAAUACAACGUGAGAAGACUAACGGUGCUAGCGUGUAUGUCGGCAUUCACCCGUCCAAAGUUGUCAUUGUUAAACUGAAAAUGGACAAGGACAGGAAGAAGAUUAUAGAUAGAAGGGCCAAGGGUCGCUUGGCUGCUUUGGGCAAAGAUAAAGGCAAGUACACAGAAGAGUCUGCCUCGGCCACUGCUGUAGAGACCUCCUAAUACUGAAAUUGUUUUGUAUUUAAUAAAUAGGUUUACCAAG